CAGACAAAGCACUCGGCGGACAGUCCUAAUUACGAAGGCGCAAGGGGCACCGGCACAGCCAAGUCACGACACUUGGUGGUGUCGAACAAUCAUCCCCACGCACUAGGGCGGUUUUGUGCACAUGCAUUGCAGCCCUACGAGCCACACGGCACCCGAAACAGACAUCCAUGGCGAUCUCCCUUAAUCCACAGACCCUGGCCCGCCUGGCCUGCUAAACACGCCCGCCUAAUCGUCGACUAUGUUUCGCAUGUGCCAUGCCCGUUACCGACGAGGAUGCUGCAUUGGCGGCCGUUGCGACCCUGCAGCCGCUGUCCCCUGAGCAAGACGAUGCCCUGAAGAGCGUCAACGCCAUCCUGCACAACGACGAGCCCUUUGUCGACAUCCACGAACUGUUCGCCUUGUACAACGUCCUCUACUUCCGCAAGCUCCUCCUCCCACGUGUCGAAGUCAUCUGGUCGCCGCGUUUGACUCUGUGCGCUGGCAUUUGCGAACUCUCCAGGGAUCCUAAGACCAACAAGUUCACGCGCAUUCGUCUGAAGCUGUCGACACCACUGCUGCAGUAUCGUCCUCGAUCGGACACCAUCAACACACUGCUGCACGAGGCUAUCCAUGCCUACUUCUUCAUCACCACAUCGUGGAAGCACUCGCGCGGGGACGACGGUACUGGACAUGGGGUUGGCUUCCAGCUGCUUGCCGACGCCGUGAAUAACCACGGCAACUAUGAAGUCACCAUAUAUCACACCUUCCACGAUGAAGUCGACAGCUACCGCACCCACGUCUGGCAGUGUGAUGGACCUUGCAGAAGCCAGCCGCCGUACUUUGGCCUCGUCAAGCGGAGCAUGAACCGAGCUCCUGGCAAGGGUGACACGUGGUACUCGAGACAUCAGGCCGAGUGUGGGGGCACAUAUCACAAGAUCCAGGAACCGGCGCCAACUAAGAAACAGUUGGAGGCUAUGAGUACCAAGGAGCGUGCGGGACGGCAGAAGAAUAAACUGGAUAGCUGGAUCAAGAAGGAUGUCAAGGUGGAGGGUAGGACUUCUGAUUCGCCCAUCAUCAUUGGUGAUGAGGAUGAAACCUCGACCAAGUCUUCGAACGAUGGGCCAAGUGUCGCGUCCGCAGUUGUGGAAGAUGUUCUUCGUUCAUCCACACGUACAUCCUCCAGCGCUGGCCAGAAACGGCCGCGAGAUGAGGAGCAUGGUCCGGUCGUACAGAAGAAGUUACUUGUCGACUGUCCGAUUUGCAAUGUUAGGAUAGCAGAGUUUGACAUCAACGAGCAUCUGGACACGAUACAUCCUUAAACUUAAUGUUUUUGAGAUUCUAGAACAAUCAUGUCUCUUCGUGAGUUUUAAAGGUGUUCUAAGAGGUAUGCAAACAACGUUUGUGAAGAUAGAGACUAGUAUCCUGCUGUCUAGUCCCUGCCAUACUCUCUAUCUAGCGAAUAUAAAAACAGGCAACUCAACCAAG